CGGAAGCUCUUGAGCUGGAGACACCCCCCUCCCCUGGUGACCCGGGUAGGAGCUGCUGAUUCAACUGGCGUCCCGCGUCCACCACUAUGGCUUGGACCAAGUACCAGCUGUUUCUGGCCGGGCUCAUGCUGGUCACCGGCUCCAUCAACACGCUCUCGGCAAAGUGGGCCGACAACUUCAGGGCUGAGGGCUGUGGAGGGAGCAAGGAACACAGCUUCCACCACCCCUUCCUCCAGGCAGUGGGCAUGUUCCUGGGAGAGUUUUCCUGCCUUGUGGCCUUCUACCUGCUGCGGUGCAGAACGGCAGGGCAGUCAGAUUCCAGUGUGGACCCCCAGCAGCCCUUCAAUGCCCUUCUUUUCCUGCCACCAGCCCUGUGUGACAUGACUGGGACCAGCCUCAUGUAUGUGGCCCUGAACAUGACCAGUGCCUCCAGCUUCCAGAUGUUGCGGGGUGCAGUGAUCAUAUUCACAGGCCUAUUCUCUGUGGCCUUCCUGGGUCGGAGGCUGGUGCCAAGCCAGUGGCUGGGCAUCCUGGCCACCAUUGUAGGACUGGUGGUCGUGGGCCUGGCUGACCUCCUGAGCAAGCAUGACAGUCAGCACAAUCUUAGCGACGUGAUCACAGGGGACCUGCUGAUCAUCAUGGCCCAGAUCAUUGUUGCCAUCCAGAUGGUGCUAGAGGAGAAGUUUAUCUACAAACACAAUGUCCACCCACUCAGAGCAGUGGGUACCGAGGGCCUCUUCGGCUUUGUGAUCCUCUCCCUGCUCCUCGUGCCCAUGUACUACAUUCCAGCUGGCUCCUUCAGUGGAAAUCCUCAAGGGACACUGGAAGAUGCCCUGGAUGCCUUCUGCCAGGUGGGCAGACAGCCCCUGAUUGCCCUGGCGCUGCUGGGCAACAUUAGCAGCAUUGCCUUCUUCAACUUUGCAGGCAUCAGUGUCACCAAGGAACUGAGUGCCACCACUCGCAUGGUGUUGGACAGUUUGCGCACUGUGGUCAUCUGGGCCCUGAGCCUGGCGCUGGGCUGGGAGGCCUUCCACCCACUGCAAAUCCUUGGCUUCAUCAUCCUCCUCUCAGGCACCGCCCUCUACAAUGGGCUGCACCACCCACUGCUAGCCUGCCUGUCCAGGGGCUGCCGCCCCCCUACCCAGGAGGGUGAACAAGAGAGACUGCUGGGUGAUAGCCGGAUUCCCAUCAAUGACUCCAGCUGAGCUUACGAUGGGGCCUCUGCUACCAGAUGCUCCUUUCCUCUGAGGCUGAGACCAUGCAGACUGGUGGGCAAUAAGUGCCCAUUUCCCAAGCCUUGCCCUGACCCUCCCUAGUGGUCCCCCAGGGCAACUGCUGCCAGAGAAGAUGACAGGACAGCCAGGUCCUCUUUUCUUGCUGGGGCCUGUAAUGUUGGAACCUGGCCCCCACAGGCCCAAGUGUAACAACAACCCCCAGCCCUCCUAGGUCUUUCUCCUGCACUGAAGCUAAAUUGUGAACUUGAAUGGCAGGAAUUUACCACCUUAGUAUUUCUGUGUCAUACAUUAACUUGUCAUGAUAUAUUAUCUAGCUUAUGGAUCACAGCUACAAAGAAGUCAGUGAACAGGCUCAAAUCAAAACUAAGAGUUAUGUUGUCUAAACAACAGGGUUCCAGCUCAGACUUGGCUGCAGACUCUGUGUGCACCAGAUCUGUCAGCUCUGGAGCACAGGUGUCCACACCAUGGCCCUUGGUACCUUCUGGCCCCAGCAUUCUGUGGGCCUCUAAUUGUCAUUAGCCUGAGAAAAGAGGAGUGGCACCUUUAAGCCCACCACCCCACCCUGGUGGCUGUUUUGAUAUUGUCUCCUUCACACUGCCUUGGAAAGACUACAUACAGGGGAAAUCCAGGCACCACUUGAAAUUCACGAACUUCCUGUUUUGUUUUUUAAGGCAGGGUCUUGCUAUAUAGCCCUGGCAUUCAACUCCCUGUAUAGCCCAGGCUGGCUUCAAAAUCAAUCCCCUUUCCUCAACCUCCUAGGUGCUGAAAUUAAAGGAAUGUGCCACCAUACCCAACAGCUUCCAUUUUAAGGUGAGGAAACUAAAGCCCAAAGUUGUAGUUUGUUUGGCAAGAGGAGUCUGUCUCUAGCUAUCAGCUCUAUUGGAUGACUUCAGGGUCCUGGUCCAGGCAGCUGCAUGACUUUGUGUUUAGCGGGACCUAGAGAUGGUGUGAUUUACAGUCUCACCCCAGCAGCCUGGCUACAUAGACCCUGCCAGGAUGCUGGACUUGCCCAGAUUCUUCCAUGUGGAGUAAUCUGGCAUUUCCAGCAUUGGGUUACAUGCUUAACCCUCACUCCUUAUUACAUGACAGCUUCAGAGAUGGGUACAGAGGGAGAAGCCCUGACCUUCCCUGAAGGUUAAAUGACAUGCCAGUGUCCAGCCAGCCUGGUUUGUCUGACUUGUAUGUCCCACUACCAUGAGUCUCUGUGGAUCUUCCAGGUAGAUUGCUGUGACUGGGCUAAAUGCUUGGCAUACUGUUGCCCUGAAGGUUCUCCCACCCUGAAUAGAAGAGCUGGCAGCAGGAGCCCCAGAGCACUUAUACUCCUUAAUUCCAGUACUGCUUAUAGGAAUGGCUGAGUGGCAGCUCAGUCAUGAAACUAAACACUAAUACCUUUUAAAAAUAGAUUGUGAAUGAUUCCAGCAGAUUCUCACUGUGUGUCAAGGGAGGGACCUCUCCUUUACUCCAACUCUGAGCCCAGGGACCCAAGCUUCUCUGGACUACAGUGUAUGUCACAGGGAGAAGGAAAUGAGGACUCAGUGCCCAUGUAUUGGGAAUGGUGGGACAGUGUGGCAGCUGUCUUGUCAAAAACAAAACAAAACUGAUGCCCUAGAAUGUUGUUUCAGACUUUAUUUUUAACAAGAAAUGGAAAAUUGUCA